AUGUACCGCCAGCUGACUCGUGUUCCCCAGGACCCUCCAGGAGCCUAUGACUAUGGUUUCUAUUCCGAUGAAGACGACGAUGACCGUGCCUUUUAUUCAGAUGAAGACGACGAGGACGACUGCCAUGCGUCGUCAAAAACACUUGGCUCCUCAACCCAAGCAUAUCGAUAUGAAAAUGGCAGACGGUAUCAUGCAUAUAGAGAUGGAGCUUACUGGGGUCCGAACGACGAAACAGACUCAUACCAUCAAGCAUUAGUGGACAGAUUGUUUCUGGCACCGCUUGAGAAUCCACGCAACAUUCUUGAUAUUGGGACCGGCCGAGGGCUAUGGGCAAUGGAUGUUUCUGACCAAUAUCCAGAUUCAGAAGUCAUCGGAACCGAUUUAUCUCCAGUAUGGGAUCCCCCAGUUCAGCCGAAUCUCAGGUUUGAAGUUGACGACUGCUGCUCUGAAUGGGCAUACCCUCCCAACUUCCGGGAGAAAUUAGAUCUCAUACAUAUCCGUGGUCUGUAUGGAAGUGUACAAAAUUGGAAUAAGCUUUAUCAGGAGUGUUUUGAGACCAUGAAACAGGAUAUUAUCAAUGCCGGAUUCGUGGAUGUUGUUGAGAGAAAAUUCAAGGUGCCCCUGGGAGCUUGGAGUUCUGAUCCUCGACAACGGGAUAUUGGGCGAGUCUACCAGAAGUCCCGUGAGGUAGGGAUGGAAGGGUGGUUUUUGGCGCCGGCUACUCGGUUGCUCGGGUGGUCAGUCGAGGAGGCCAAAGCCUUUAUCGAGAAGACAUGUAAGAUAACGAAUGAUGACAGUAACCGCGUAUAUUUCGAAACGACUUACGUUUACGGCCGAAAACCGCGAGAAGACGAACCCACCACUUCUACACAAUAG